CCUGCUUCACAUCACCCUAAUUUGUUUUCUCCUUAUUUAAACCAUCACAGUCUCACAGCUCACUGCCAGUUUGUUGUCGCUUUUUGCACACCUUUUGUUCUCAGUCCUGUUUUGCCAAGCCGUGUAUCGAUUGUUGCUCUGUUUUUCCUCAACCACGUUUUUUGCCUCAUCCUUGAUAACUGUGUUUGCUCGUGCCUUGAUCCCUGCUGGAUCAUGACUGCAUUUUUGUCUGACCCCAAUUGUACCUCUGCUUCACUGCUUGAUCACCUGUACACCAAACCUAAGCCUGAAAUAAAGACCAUGUUUUUUCCUACUCCAACUACAAGUCUGGAAGUCUGCAUUGCGGGUCCAGCCACUAUGGAUGUCAGCAGUUGCCUGUCCUGACAGAACAAACUAGCCAUAACAUGGUCCCCGCAGGCUUCACUCCAUCCACAGACGCUUUUGCCUCAAAUCCUGACAUUGAGGAGACAAAAAGAAUUUUUUUCAGACCUCUCAUUCUUUUUAAUCUGUUUUCAUGACUGCUAUGCGCCCAGAGAAAAGUUUGAUUACUUGGAGCAUGCCUGGGAGUUGGUGAAUUCGCACGCAUGGCUUUUUUACUUUUUCCCUGAGCUUCCGAGCCUAGAUGACGUUUUUUGCAAACCGAAACUCCCAGAUUGGAUGAAGCACCCUGAGGCCUACCUACCUUCUGAAGAUGAUGAGGCUGACUGGGUUGAUGUGGAAGAGGAUGGUAAUUCAGAGUCAGAACAGACAGUACUCCAGGACACAGCUACUGUAUUAUUCAAAAUACAGGACUUAUUUUUUGAGUAUCAGGACUGCCGCAGUCAGUGGAGCAAACAGCAGAUUUUCUCAGCUCUUUCCCAGAACUGAAAGACAUCAAGACGCAGUUCCAGCAGGGUUGGGUGCCUCCAAGCAUUGAAGAUGCAUGGAGGCAAUGGACUUUUUGGUUGAGUCUGAAAUUACUACUGCCUACUGUGACACACCACGAAUAAUCACACUUUCUGACGCUGCCAUUGCACCUCAUCAGCAUGCCGAACCACAGAAGCGGACCACUUACCUUCUGCCGUCAGUUCCUGAAGUGCAGCCUGUGAUGCCAUCCUCGCUCCAGAUUCCCCCAAAACCUGCUCCACGAAGGAACCGAGUGGUAUCCCCAGUCAGGCCUUCUGAUCCAGCGGAGCAGCACGUCCAGGUCACAAGCAUCACAGGUCCUCAGCUCCAUGACGUCCCUGUUCCUGCGCCUCGGAAAAGGCGGGCGUCCCAGCUGACAUCGCCGGCUCCUGCUUCGGAGAUUGCUCCGUCCACGAACACCGAUGCACCAGCUUUGUUCGACUCCCCGCUGGCAGCCACAUCCACCAGCCCUUCGGGACACUCCGAGAUCACUGAGCUACCAGUUGGGCCGUCUGGAACGUGCAGGUCACUCCCUGCAGUUCUGACCGAGAGAACCAUGAUCUCAACUUCUCAGGAAACCUCCACAUCUUCUGCUGCUUCUGCCCGCUUGACUUCAGCGUGUCUGGCUGCAGCCUCUCCCGUGGAGUCAUCUGUGUCUUCGUGCACGGCGACAACGGCCAGCCCUGCCUCCUCAAGCACGCUGGUGGAAACUUCGUCCGUGGUUUGCGGACCAGCAGCAUCAUCCUCACUGUUCGGAUCCACCUCGGGCAGUACCGCUGCAGCUGUUUCAGCAACGCCCGGAUCUGCUAUUUCGGUGGCUCCAGCUGGCUUCGUCGCUGCGCACACUAUGAUCGCCUCAUCGAUAUCUUUGUUUACUACUGGAUCUACGUCAUCAGCGAGCAACACGGCUUCAGUGGGCGCCAUUGCAACAUCAUUGGUGACAUCACCCCCUUCAGGAGCUACCGUGAUGACAGCCCAGACGUCUGCUGCUAUCGAGCUAGCCUCUGCACGUUCCGCCGUUUUUUCAGAUGAAGGAAGAGUCGGAACGAAUCCUGCUUCACGACCAGUAAUGGGAUCUGAGAGCGCUGUUCACACGCAUAUGCAGCUGCACAGUGCUGCCAUCCCAGAGCCUCUACAGCUGGCUCUUUCAUCUGAGUUCACCUGGAAGAUGACUUCUGAGGACUGCAUUAAAGGGACAGUCAGUGAUUUUCCUUUAUGUGUCUGGUUUAUGCUGUUCUGUUUCACUGUCAGUAAGUCUGUUAGAAAUCUGCUUACAAUGCCACGUAUCAAUCUGAAACGGUCUUCUUAUGAAUCUGUCAUUAGUCUGUCACAAGCACCGUUCCUGAAUCUGAAAGAGUGUUUUUGUAAAUUGAUGGAGAAACUGCCUAGGUUGCCACGUCACAUUUUGAAAUGUAAGCUUCUGUUACUGUUGUUAUCUACCACAUGUGUCAUGCUGAGCUGCAGGCAAGUUGUUUUCUUCAGGUCCCUCCCUGAAAGAGUUUAUCAGUUUAGGAGAUGCAGCUCCACUCAAGCUUGGGCUAAGUCCUAUCAGUGGGUUUUGGAUCGUGUUCCCAGUUCGGCUCACGUUAUGAACUUAUUGGAAAGGCGCAGCUAUCAUUUGUACUUUUGGAAGGAAAUGAUUCUUAAGAUUAGCUCAUACUCAGAAGUUCAGUCAUGUUUUGGGUUAUGUUCUACAUCUCACAGUUAAGCAAGGGAUAGUUUAUGUGUCUGGAUUUUGCACCUGUAUGAUUCAUUUAAGAUCUCUGGGUCAGUCUUCUUUAAUGUGGUAUAUGAUUCAGUGAGGCCUCAUCUGAAUCAUUUAGGUCUCUGGCUUUUGUUUCUGUUAAGACAGAUGGUUAACUGGAUAUGGGAUUUUACGACAUAUGAUAACAUCCCAACUCAUGUGAUUUGUGGGAUGGCUCGGUAGUGAGAUCUUUAUGUUUUUGGUUUAUGCACUUCAGUGCCUCCUUUCAGCUAUCCUUUGGUGUUCUCCAUAGCAUUUUAUUUGGAAGGCUUAAUUCUCACCUGUGUUCUGCGACUGACCACUUCUCGGACUCCUUGGAGGGGGUUGUUAUCUGGGAUGGGGGUUUAGGAAUGCUGAGUGCGUAUUGGUUUCGUUGGGUUGUUGGGAUGUUUUGGGUUUGGUUAUUUCUUUGGUUCUUUUUGUUUGUUUUUUGUUUGUUUUGUUUUUUGCCUUCUUGCUCUCGGUCGG